UAGCUUCACUCUCUUUUUAUGGUAAUCUCCAUCUUUUAACAUGGUAUCAUAAGCCUUUUCAAUCCAACCAUUUUUUUCUCCUUCUUUCAAGUUAUCUUUCAUUAUCGUCUUCAUUAAGCUUUCUUUCAUUCAUGUCUCUUCACACCACUCCUAUUGACCCCAAUUAUAUCAAAGCAGUCCUUGUUCAUCUAGGCGAUAGACCUUCUUCUGUCAAGGUUACUCUUGCUCUUAAUGACUCCAACUACCAUUUAUGGGUGUCAUCAAUGUGUCGUGCUGUUAGUGCCAAGAUGAAAGUUGAAUUCGUUGAUGGAUACAUCCCUUUUUUAGAAGAUCAUUUUGAUCCUUCCAUUUGUGCUUGGAACAGGUGCUUUUGUGGAGCUAUGGGGAAAGCAAGAAGAAAUAAUAAUAUAUUGUAUGUUAUCAGACUGCUCACUAGUUUGAAUGAGAAUAUUGUUGUGGUCAAAUCUCAAAUCAUACUCGUGGAUCCCUUAUCAACUAUGAACAAGAUCUUUUCCAUGAUUUUUCAGCAUGAGACGGGGUAAUUUUGCUCAAUUUGAUAAUUAUCGGGCUUUGAUAAUUAUUGUAGGAUUCAAGAAAUCAAAUUCUAAAUUUGAAAAUUUCAAUUUGAAACCUAAUAAAUACAUCAAGUUAUAAGGGUGUACUCAUUAUGGUAGAACAUGUCAUACC